AUGGGGGACUCGCCGCCGCCGCAAGCACACCUCCCGAUGGACAGAAGCUGGAUUAGAAAAGGAGUUAGAAAGUUUUCGAAAGAACAUAUGAAAGGAGUUGAUGAUUUCAUGGCAUUUGUUCGGGCAAAUUUUGCCAACGAUGCUCACAUUGUUUGCCCAUGCUGUGAAUGCCUCAACCGUCCAAGAAUGGCUCAAGGAAGAGUGGAAGAUCAUCUGCUUCUUAAUGGGAUGUCCAGCACAUAUGAUAGAUGGAUAUAUCAUGGAGAACCUUUAGACGGACAACCUCAACAUUUUGAAGCUGAUACACAUGCCCCUCAUAUGAUGGGUGGUGGUGAUGCUGGCAUUGAUUUCAUGGAAAAGGUUUUGCGAGAUAAUGCUGGUUUGGAGGAAGAGGAUGGGCAUGAAGAUGAUAGGAUUCCUGACCUAUUGAAGGAUUUGUACGAUGCUGAAGAUCGUGCUGAUGGACAGAAGUCGUUGUUUGCUGAGGUGUUAGAGGAGGCGAAGCGCGCAGCUCAUGAAGGGGGUAAAUUUUCAAGAUUUACCUUCACCGUGAAGUUACUCCACAUCAAGUCUUUCUACCGGAUUAGCAAUGCUGCAUUCAACGCAAUACUCCACCUUUUGAGCUUGCAAUUCCCUGAUAGUUGUGUUCCCAGAUCUUAUGAUGAAGCAUUGAGCAUAAUCCGCAGGCUGGGGUUAGGUUAUGUGUCAAUACAUGUGUGCCCAAAUAACUGCGUCUUGUUUCGGAAGGAUUUAGCAAAGCACGACAACUGUCCAAAAUGCAAUGCCUCUAGGUGGAAAGAUGCUGAUGGGAAGAAGUCAAUACCGGAGAAGGUACUGAGGCACUUUCCGUUGGUACCAAGGCUGCAGCGGAUGUUCAUCUCGAAGAAAUCAUCACGUGAGGUACAGUGGCACCAGCUGAAGCGGCAACCUGUGGACAAUGAGCUGAGCCAUCCAGCGGACGGAGAGGCAUGGAAAGAGUUUGACCGUGUACAUUUAGAUUUUGCUGCAUAUCCAAGGAACAUAAAACUUGGCAUUGCCACAGAUGGGUUUAAUCCGUUUGGGAACAUGAGCACGUCUUAUAGCAUGUGGCCAGUUUUUGUGGUGCCGUACAACCUGCCACCAUGGGCAUGCAUGGAUCAGUCCAACUUCAUGAUGGCAUUGCUUAUCCCGGGUCUGGAGUCUCUAGGAAAGGAUUUUGAUGUCUUUAUGGAGCCCCUCGUAGAAGAACUGCUCCAGCUCUGGACUGGUGUACCUACAUACGAUGCCUUGAGUCCGGAAGAAAAGUUCAAUCUACGUGCUGCAAUCAUAUGGUCCAUCCAUGAUUUCCCGGCUCUGCACACUCUGUCUGGGAGGAUCACAGCGGGUUAUAAGGCCUGUGUCCAUUGUGACAAAGACCCUUGCUCAAAGAGAAUAAGGAGCAAGAUCUGCUAUAUUGGCCACCGCCGCUUUCUUCCCCAAAACCAUCGCUGGCGAAGAAGCAAAGAUUUUAAUGGUGAGAAUGAAACCCGUGACAAGCCAGCUGAAUUCACUAAAGAAGAGCUGGAGCAGCAACUUGAAAAGGUGAAAGAUGUGAGACCAGGAAAGCUUGCGAAGAAAAGAAAGCAUGAGGAAGGUCAAUGUUGGGACCGGAGGUCUUGUUUGUGGGACCUGCCAUACUGGGCUGAUCUGAAAUUAAGGCAUAAUCUCGAUGUAAUGCACACUGAGAAAAACAUAUGCGAGAAUCUACUAGGGACGUUUCUAAACAUUGAAGGGAAGACAAAGGACACGGUUAGUUCUAGGCUUGAUUUGGAGGACAUGGGCAUAAGAGAAGAUUUGCAUCUACAACACAAUGAAGAUGAAGAUUCAUUUGAAAUGCCACGAGCAUGGUAUACAAUGAGUAAAGAACAAAAGCUUGCAUUCUGUGAAUUCCUAAGAGCGGUGAAAUUUCCAGAUGGUUAUGCUGCUAACCUAGCAAAGUGUGUUACUUCUGAUGGAUUCAAGCUUUCAGUACUGAAAACCCAUGAUGGUCACAUCCUCCUCCAAAGGAUUUUACCGGCGGGCCUCCGAGGAAUCAUGGACAAGGAUAUAUAUGAAGCGGUUGCUGAGCUGGGAAAUUUCUUUAGAGAACUGUGCUGCAAAACACUCAAGUUAACUGUCCUGGAAAGACUUGAAAAAGAAAUCCCAACUAUUCUUUGCAAGCUCGAGAAGAUUUUCCCUCCAGCUUUCUUCACCGUGAUGGUCCAUUUGGCGGUGCACUUACCAAAAAAGGCAAUGCUUAGAGGCCUUGUGCAAUACGGUUGGAUAUACUUUGGCGAUGUGGAAACAAGAUGGAACCGGCCGGGCAGAAAUAGAGAGCGGUCUGAUUCGCAAAGUGGUGAUGUCUCUGUUUUCAACCAUGGUGUGAACUUUCUUGGAGCCUCACAAUACUUGGAGGCUGGUGAUGAGUAUGACAAGAUGGUUUGGAAAUGCAAGGAAGAGUUAAAUCAGGAAGAAAGCAAGAUCAAUGUUGAUAAAAGGGUUGCCAAGGGGUUUGCUAAUUGGUUUAAGAAUCAUAUUGGAAAGUUGCAUGAGGAGAAGAAGAUUGGAAAGUUGCAUGAGGAGAAGAAGGUCAGUGAUGAUCUAUUUGCUUUGGCAUGCUUACCGGAUAAGCGAGUGAGAGUGUAUUCAACAUGCAUUGCUGACGGUGUCCGGUACCACACCGUUGACCGCGAGGAAAAAAGGAAGACACAGAAUAGUGGAAUCAUCACUGAGGGGUCAUAUGAUCGUGAGAUCAUUGACUUCUAUGGUCAGUUGAGAAGCAUCGUAGAGUUGCAGUACAACUGUAGUGGAGGCAUCCAUCGCUCGGUUCUCUUAUUUCACUGUGACUGGUUUGAGCUUGGUAGCAAGAAGAAGAGAGACUCUUUUGUCAAAUAUGAUGGCCACUUCAUAAGCAUCAACACUGCAAGGUGCCAGUAUAAGAGUGAUCCCUUUAUUCUAACAACACAAGCAACAAUGGUGUUUUAUCUGCCAGACACUCUUUUGCACGGAAAAUGGCGAGUUGUGCAAAACUUUGAGCACAGACACUUGUGGAGUGUGACUGAAACUGAAGUGGAAAAGGGCCCCGCUGAUGGUGGACUAACAUACCAAGAUGAUGACUCUACGGAAGUUCCGUUGCAAGCUGAUGAUGACUCUAUGGAAGUUCCGGUGCAAAGUAGAGUGCGAAGGGACCGGGAACGUGUGAUCGUUGAUGCUGCAACAGUUGAAGGCAUCAAGAAAAGAAGAAAGGUGGUAGCGGAUGGACAUGAGAGUGAGGAUGAGGAAAACAGGACUGAUCAUACUAUACUGCAAUAUUGUAGUGAUGAUGAGGAAAACAGGAGUGGGCAUAGAGUUCCUUGUUUUCGUAUCGACGACGAUGAGUAG